AUGGCGAAGGAGAGGAGCAGUGCCGGCAGUGCACUAAGGCAAAAGUGGGUCCCAACAAACACUGGAAAGGUUUAUUAUCUCUUCCUUCUAGGUGAGGCUGACAGGAAUGAUUACUUACAUUCUCCAGCAGAUGUUGUGCUGAAGAAACUUGGAGAUCCCAGAGAUGAGGUCAACAGGAACGAUUACCAACCUUCUCCAGCAGAUGUUGUCCUGGAGAAACUUGGAGAUCCCAGAGGUGGGGCACACAAGAAUAAUUACCCAGCUUUUCCAGUGGAUGUUGUGCUGAAGAAACUUGGAGAUCCCAGAGAUGAGGUCAACAGGAACGAUUACCAACCUUCUCCAGCAGAUGUUGUCCUGGAGAAAUUGGAAGAUCCCGGAGACUUGCCCGCGGUGAAGACAUUCCCAGCCUAUCGUCUGGAGGAAGCGCUGAAGCCUGGCUGGCGGCGCAGGGGUUCUGCACCACGCAAGUCCCAGCGCAAACAAAGAAAGUUCCUGAAUGUGCCAAAACUCAUCGGGGACAUCCUGAAGGAGAUGAAGGCAGACCACGGGCCUGAGCUACGGGAUAUUCAGAACAUGUUUCUGACGGGAAAAGGCUACCAGAGACACUUUGGUGAAGAAACAGUCACGAAUAAAGCCAUGGGCAUGCCAGGUGAGGUUGAUAGGAACAAUUACCCACCUUCUCCAACGGAUUUUGAGUUGCAGAUACUGGGAGAACCCAGAGAUGUGGACUACAAGAAUGCCCAAAGGGGAGAAGCAUAUGAGCAGGGAACUCCAAGUUUGUUUUGCCCCCAGGACAUGCGAAGGCGCUGUAUGAUAGGCACGGUAGUGGCUCUGGUCUGCAUCCCACUGGCACUGGCGAUCUGCUGUAUCGGAAUCCGCUGGUGGAUCAAUCGGCGCCUUGAGAAGGAAGCUUCCCGGUUACAGAGCAAUGCCGACCGCCAGAUCCUGCGCCACUGAGAGAGGGGCAGACGCCUCUCACAGCCCUGAGAGCAGGUCCCAAGAACAGCAGCCACCACUGCAGCCUGGAGCAUCAGACCCUCCCACAGCCCUGUGUUCCCCAGCCCAGCACCAGACUUAGAACUACCUAAACCACCCUCACCCAGCCCGAAACCUCAGCCCCAGGGCGCCAGCAAGGCCUGAGGCUGACCCAAACCCACCCUUUAGCCCUUAGCAGAUGAAGAAAUAGAUGAGAAAUAGAUAUAGAAACACAGGAGAAUGUAUGUUUGUGUAUCUGUGUGUUGCAUUUUGUUCUCUCUUUAAUAAAGGCAUUGAAAGGAGACAAA